GUAUAGCGCUUGUGUUAUGGGAACACUCCUCCAUCCCCCUUCAUACUCCUCGGUAACAACUGUAUUGCAGCUCCAGAUGCUGUGUGUGUGAGGGGGAGAGAGGAGGGACACGUCUGCUGCUGCUGCUACUGCUGCUGCUGUCUCUUUUUUUCUCGGGGCUGGGUUUUCUUCAGGGUCUGCCUCGCUUCUGCAGUGGACACGGCAAGGAAGAGCCCCCCAGAGACGAAGCUAGCUGAGGUUUGAAAUCGUAAGGAAGGAGAGAAGCAGCUGACGAAAGCGAGGAUGAGAGGAGAGCAGAUGAAUGGUUGCCACACACACCAGGACUCUUCUCAUCUCUGAAGAACAGAUGCUCUGUGUUCAUCUCCCUCCUCCAGAUGUCUGCAGCCCUGUGCAGUAGUUAGAUCCAUCAGGGAGGACAAGAUUGCUCUGUAUGGAUCUGUUUCUUCCCGACAAUUCAGCAGAACUCAUCGGUGGUCACUGGUGCAGCUGCUGAGCCUGUAGACCUGCCUGCAGCCUGCCAGCAUUUAGAACACAGACAACAUAGAGUCCAUGACACUGAAAAAUACAAAUGAUGGACAAGAAAAGUGCAAAUGGCUUUCCCUCCAAAGCUUCUGAAAGUGGAGGACAGAGGAAACAGCUGCCCUAUUCUGUGGAGACACCUUACGGCUUCCACCUUGAUCUGGACUUCUUAAAAUAUGUAGAUGACAUCGAGAAGGGCAACACCAUCAAGAGAGUGCACAUACAGCGAAAGAACAGAGGUCCAAAGUAUAGCACACUGCCACGCAACUUCAGCCUUCCUGGACAUGGUGCAAGACCUGCUGCCAAAGACACAUGGGCCAACACUUCCACCCUGGGGUCCAAGCCUAAAUCACGUGUUACUGAGGUCCAGCAACUUUUUGAUUUCAGAGCAAGUGAUGGCAGUGCUGGCAGUAGCAGUGGAAGCUCUACCGCCGGUCACUCCAAGGUCCAAAGCGGUGGCUACCUCUCGUCCCCCAAACCUGCAGAUGAGGUCCAUGUUCAGACUUCAUACAAAGAACAGCAACUGGGCCUUAAUGUGAGGCCACACUUGUUCCGGGCAUCCAGCAUGCCUGUUAACGUCCCUCACAGGAAAGCCUCAGAGUCUGCUGAUGAGCAGAGCCCUCAAUCCCAGAAUGGCUCAACUGAGAGACUGUUUCGUCCUGUGGAUGGUAGCGACAGAAGAGGAAGCGUUCCUCAGGACAGGGCCAGCCUGCAUCAACAGAUAACAGCAGCACUGAAACGGGUCCGUGAGCUGGAAGAGCAGGUCAGGACCAUACCUGAACUGAAGGCUCAGAUUUGUUCGCUGAGAGAGGAGAGAGAACAACUGCUUCAAAGGAUUCAAGCACAGUCUGAGAGAAAGGUAGAGCCAAAUGAAAAAACCCAACCUGACUCCCAAGAUAGCACUGACAUUCCUGUAGCAACACAGCAGCAAGAAGCUCCAUCCCUUUGCCAGGACAAUGUAGCUGACAGUAAACCUGAAAUACCAGUAGCCGAGUCAACUGCAGAACCACAGGCAGAAGGGCAAGACUUAGUGGCACAAGACCUUGCAGGGCAGGAAGCCGCAAAACCAACAGUAUUAAGAGAAGAACCCAUACCAGCUGUGGUCUCUGUCCCUGUGAUCCUUAUAGAAAAAGCUGAGAGCCCUACUGAUUCGGAAGAAUCAGAGAAGCAGUUGGAAGAAUCUGAACAUGAGGCUGAAAUACCAGAGAGGCAUCCAGAACAAGAACAGGAAAAGCAAGAGGAAACACUAGUCACUUCUGCAGAAGAUAAACAGUCAGAGCUAUUAGAAGAACAAGGAGAUACAUCUGAACACACAGCGUCCCAAGAGGAAACUGAGAAAGCAGAGGCUGUUGAAGGAUCAGAUGUAGCAAAAGAAAAAUGGAUCUCCACUACAGAACAAGAGUCUCUCAGUAUCCAAGAACUGCAAGUCAAAGUCAAGACUUUGGAGGACAGAUUAAGCCAGGCCGGCUGUGAGCUAGAAAGGACAAAUUCUUUACUGAGCGUGCAGAUAGAGGAGAACAGAUUAAAGGAUGUAAUGAUUCAAGAACUAAGUCAAAAAGUUAAGGAGUCUCUUGCUGUCAGCGUAGAGCAGGAGACAACUGUUCCGCUGGAGCCUGUGCAACUUCCUGAACGCAUUGUUAUGUGUGAUGCAUCUAUCAGUACAGAUAGCAAAAUUGUCUUUGAAAAGGCAGUGUUGACAGAUACUGAAGUUCAACCUGACGAUGGCCCCAAACAGACAGACCUAACGUGCUCUAGCACUCAAACAACUACAAUCCAGAUGCGAGAUAUCGAGGUGUCAGCACAGGUGAUGACAGCUGAGAAAGUCGUGGGGGUGGAAGUUGCUGUGUGUGACCAGGCUGUUGAGACUGAUGUCCCAUUCAGUCCUAGUGAUAAUGUGCAUGUAAAUACAUCUGAGCCAGAAACAGAUGGGCAGACCAUUGAUGUGAGAUCCAGCACAGACAAAGAAAAUAUGGUCCAAGAAAAACUCAGUGAAAGCAUCAUCAUUGAAAGCGAUGUGGCCGAAGAGUAUGUUAUAGUAGAAAAGACUGAAAGUUAUAUAGAUGAGACACUAGCCAAGGAGAAUAUAGUUGUCAAGUCCAUGGAAAAUGAGCUGGCGGAGAGUAUGAAUGUUGAAAGUGUGGUAAUGGAAAGCUCCAAAGUAGAUACAAGCACAGGACAAUCUCAGCAAGACCAAAAGCAAGUGGGAGGACAAGACACUCAGCCUCAGCCCCAGCCUCAGCCUCAGCCCCCGCCUCAGCCUCAGCGGCCCACUGAACCUGCAACAUCACCUGCAGCCAUAGGCCAGGUUGUCAAUCGUAUCCAGGGGCUUCUUAAUGAGCAGUGGGCCAGCCUGGGCAGUGGGAACCAAGAAGGAAAAGGAGAGGGCUCGCAGAAACAGCCGGUCUCAAAGAUCAGCUCCAUCCAGAGUCAUCUCAGAGGCUCUCUCAGCGCCCUCUCAGCCUUCUAUUCUCCUGUUCAAAAAGGAGGUGCAGCAAAACAAUCAGGCCUCAAAUCCAUCAUGAAGAAGAAUGACUAUCCUGACAAGCAGGGGAACGGAGGAGUCAAAAAGAACCUGAAGUUUGUUGGCGUGAACGGAGGCUAUGAGACGACUUCCAGUGAGGAGUCCAGUGGGGAGGAGAAUGAGGACGAGAGGGAGGAGGAGGUGGAUAGCUCCGAGCCGGAGGAGCAGGGAGAGGAGAAAGAGAGUGCAGCGGCCCAGGAGGAGGCUGCUGCUGCUGGGGAGCAGGCUGAUGAAGCUCAGACAAAGGGGUCUGAGUGCUCUGAGGAGCCUAAAGACCUCGAGGCCAGUAUUGGUCCCCAGGAGGAGCAGCCGGUCAGUGAAUUUGUAGAUAAAAACUUCAUGGCUGCUUGUCACUAUCUGAAGGACCGAAUGGCUGAAGUCUCUGCCCCCAACAAAGAGAUGAGGCAGAUUCUGAUGGUACUCUAUCAGGAGUGGUUUCGUGUGUCCAGUCAGAAAGACUCCCAGGCAGAUACGGUCACACUGUACCUGAGGGAGGUUGGGAACCAAACCCCCACUCUACUGCGCUACAUAGUUAACCUGGCCGACGGCAAUGGCAACAUGGCCCUACACUACAGUGUUUCCCACUCUAAUUUCCCAGUGGUCAAGCUGCUGUUGGAUACAGGUCUGUGUGAGGUGGAUCAUCAGAACAAGGCAGGCUACACUGCGAUAAUGCUGGCAGCCUUGACCGCAGCGGAAGGCCCUGAGGACAUGGAGGUGGCCCAGCAGCUACUGAGCCUGGGCAGCAUCAACGCUCGGGCCGGCCAGUCAGGCCAGACAGCGCUGAUGCUUGCAGCGAGUCAUGGCCGCACAGCGAUGGUGCAGGUUCUUCUUGAAUGCAAAGCUGAUGUGAACAUACAGGACAACGAUGGCUCCACUGCGCUGAUGUGUGCCAGUGAGCAUGGUCACAGCGAGAUAGCCAAACUACUGCUGGACACACCUGAGUGUGACACUAGCCUCAAAGAUAAGGCUGGACACACGGCUCUAUCUGUGGCCAUCAAGGCCUCUCACUCUGAAGUUGUCGAGCUGCUGAAGGCCCAUGCUGAAAACGCUGGAACUUCAUCUGCCACAGGUCUUCUCUGAGGUUGCAGAGAUUCUGUAUGUCCUCUCCAGAGGCAACAAUACCUGAAUUCACCCUUUGCCUCAAUCAGACAAAGUGGCCUAUGACUAAAAUGGCCUAUGAGAAGUGGACUUCAAUCCAUAAAGCUUCCCUGAACUCUACUAGCAACAGAUCAAUUUCUUCAGUUCCUCUGAAGCACAGCUACCUUCAAGCUCUUAACUUCAUGUGGAUCAAGCAUGGUACAUUGUUACAUGUUUUGUCCUCUUUUCAAGCAUUGUUAUAUUUUUGUCAGGUAGAGAGCAUUAUACAUGAAUGUUAUUACAGAGUCUAUCAGAUACACACUAUAUUUAUUUUAUAUUGCACUUUGCUGUAUUGAUUUUUUAUUCUAUCUGUAAUAUAUAUAUGAAGUCUGUCUAAAUAUAACCUGAUGAUCAGCAUUAUGUCUUCCAAUAUGACUGUUGUCAGGUAACGCUCAUUUCAGAAACGGAGUGUGAUUUUAGUAUGAGAGAGAUAGAAUGCCAGGGUAAUUCCCUUACUAUACAUGUUGAUCCAAUAAACAGAAACUGAAAAAGUCAGACUAAAGCUGUACUCCGCAGUGUCCCUCCCAUCUUAUAUAGUAUACUUAUCCAGAAAUAUGGGCACACACUGGACAAGUUGAAGGAAGUCUGUGCUUUGGUAUUUAAUAAACCAGCUCAUCUUUUUUUUGCUUCUAUUAAAAUUAUUCAUGGGUCUAGAAGGACAAUAAACAGUAUAAUCAAAAUUAAAAAUAUAUUGGAAGCAUUCAA